CGUCGCCGCUGACAAGCGCACAAUCUCUCCAAUGCUCCGAAACCCCUGAGUUUGCACUGGGCUGUGCCUUGGAAGCGAAUAUACACAAUUGAUUACAAAAAACAUUCCUUGGGAUUCUCGCAGGGCCCAAGUUUACUUUUUUGUCCGAAAGAGGCAGGAACCGAGACAAGGCAGGAGCCUGGUCGACCACUGCCCAGGCACCGGGGAGUCGGGGCGCACUAGCGCCACGGGGCUGAGGACUCAUGCGUAAAAAGUACAGGGGGAUCCGGGAGUUGCCGAUGGUGGCCGCUGACACCGGUACUCGUCCUCGAUGGCGUUUUUGGUGUCCGGGAGGCCUGAGAUCACGCCAGGAACCCCGGGAGACCGUUUCCAAACUUCUGGAGACCAGCUCGUAGUUUCACUUUCCGAAUUUUUCAGGAUAUUUGGGUUUCUAGGGUUGGAUGGGAUUACGAGAAAGCCAGGCGACGCUUGUUCUCCUGUGGUGGGGCGGUGGGACUUGUCGCCCAGCCAGGUACCCCGGCUUUGCCUCCCCGGGCCUCGGUGCACUGCGCGGGGUUUGGGGCUCUCAGGCCCGCGGCUCCGCGUCCUUGAGGGUUCAGGCGGUGCAGCAAUUGCCAAUCCUGAGCCUAUUGGCAGGAAACCGCUUUCGACGAGGGCUGACUCUUUAAAUCCCGAUCCGUCGCUGCAGCCCACCACUCCACCUCCCUCCUCCCUCCUUGCCGCGUGGCCACGGGACCUGGUAACGUAUUGACGUGUCUACACCAAGGGAACUGAUCCCGGAGAAAAGCGAAAACUGCUUAAAUUCGGCCUGGUAAUUCUUCCUGCAGGAUGAACUAAUGACUCACAGAAGAGGAUAAUUACUCAUCAGGAAUGGAGAGCAGCUUGUCCGUUUCCAACAUGCAAGACCCUUCAUCUUCACCCUUGGAAAGGCAUGUUGGUUCAGCGAAUGGAAGUGGAGACCUUGAUUCAGAAGAAGGUUCCAGCUUGGAGGAAAUCGGCUUUAACUGGGGAGACUAUUUGGAAGAAACAGGGGCUAGUGCUGCGCCUCACACGUCCUUCAAACAUGUUGAAAUCAGCAUUCAAAGCAACUUCCAGCCGGGGAUGAAAUUAGAGGUGGCGAACAAGAACAACCCGGACACGUACUGGGUGGCCACCAUCAUCACCACGUGUGGGCAGCUGCUGCUUCUGCGCUACUGCGGCUACGGGGAGGACCGCAGGGCCGACUUCUGGUGCGAUGUGGUCAUCGCCGACUUGCACCCCGUGGGGUGGUGCACGCAGAACAACAAGGUGUUAAUGCCGCCAGAUGCAAUCAAAGAGAAGUACACGGACUGGACAGAAUUUCUCAUCCGGGAUCUGACGGGUUCCAGGACGGCGCCCGCCAACCUUCUGGAAGGUCCUCUACGAGGGAAAGGCCCUAUAGACCUCAUUACAGUUGAUUCCUUAAUAGAACUUCAGGAUUCUCAGAGCCCUUUUCAGUACUGGAUAGUUAGUGUGAUUGAAAAUGUUGGAGGAAGAUUACGCCUUCGCUAUGUGGGAUUGGAGGACACUGAAUCCUAUGACCAGUGGUUGUUUUACUUGGAUUACAGACUUCGACCAGUUGGUUGGUGUCAAGAGAAUAAGUACAGAAUGGACCCACCUGCAGAAAUCUAUCCUUUGAAGACGGCCUCUGAUUGGAAAUGUGCUCUGGAAAAAUCCCUUAUUGAUGCUGCAAAAUUUCCUCUUCCAAUGGAAGUAUUUAAGGAUCACGCAGAUUUGCGAAGCCAUUUCUUCACAGUUGGGAUGAAGCUGGAAACAGUGAACAUGAGCGAGCCCUUUCACAUCUGUCCUGCAUCAGUGACUAAGGUUUUUAGCAAUCAUUUUUUCCAAGUGACUAUUGAUGACCUACAACCGGAAGCUCGUCAACUCUCAAUGCUGUGCCACAUGGACUCUUUGGGGAUCCUGCCAGUACAAUGGUGCCUUAAAAAUGGAGUCACCCUCACUCCCCCCAAAGGUCACUCCGGCCAGGACUUCGACUGGGCAGAUUAUCUCAAGGAGCAUGGAGCGGCAGAAGCACCUCCCUUCUGCUUCAGAAAUAUGUCAUUUAGUCGCGGUUUCACAAAGAACAUGAAAUUGGAAGCUGUGAACCCCCGGAAUCCAGGAGAACUCUGUGUGGCCUCUGUUGUCAGUGUGAAGGGACGGUUGAUGUGGCUUCACCUGGAAGGGCUGCAGACUCCUGUUCCAGAGGUCAUUGUUGACGUUGAGUCCAUGGACAUCUUCCCCGUGGGCUGGUGUGAAGCAAAUUCUUACCCACUGAUGGCGCCACACAAGACAGUCUCACAAAAGAAGAGGAAGAUCGCAGUUGUGCAACCGGAAAAACAAUUGCCAUCCACAGUGCCUGUUAAAAAAAUACCUCAUGAACUUUGUUUAUUCCCUCACCUGGACACAACAGGACCAGUCCACGGGAAAUAUUGCUGCCCUCAGCUCUUCAUCAACCACAGGUGUUUCUCAGGCCCUUACCUGAACAAGGGGAGAAUUGCAGAGCUGCCUCAGUCUGUGGGACCCGGCAAAUGUGUGCUGGUUCUUAAAGAGGUUCUUAGCAUGAUCAUCAACGCAGCCUACAAGCCGGGAAGGGUACUCCGAGAGCUACAGCUGGUGGAAGACCCCCGCUGGAAUUUUCAGGAGGAAACGCUGAAGGCCAAGUACCGAGGCAAAACGUACAGGGCUGUGGUUAAGAUCGUACGAACGUCUGACCAAGUAGCCAAUUUCUGCCGCCGGGUGUGUGCCAAGCUGGAGUGCUGCCCGAAUCUGUUCAGCCCUGCGCUGGUCUCUGAGAACUGCCCGGAGAACUGCUCCAUGCACACCAAAACCAAGUACACCUAUUAUUACGGCAAGAGGAAGAAGAUCAGUAAGCCCCCCAUCGGGGAAGGCAGCAUCGAAGGGGGACGCCCCAAGCCAGCCAGGCGGAGGAAGCGGCGGAAAUCCAUCUUUGUGCAGAAGAAACGGAGAUCUUCCACCGUGGACUUGGCCACAGGCUCGGGGGAGGAGAGUGAAGAGGAUGACGCAGACGCCGUGGACGAUGACACGGCAAGUGAGGAGACAGGCUCUGAGCUCCGCGAUGACCAGACAGACACCUCAUCUGCAGAGGUGCCCUCGGCCCGGCCCCGGAGGGCCGUCACCCUGAGGAGCGGCUCAGAGCCUGCACCCCGGCCACCCAUGGAGAGGACACGGAGGGGCCGCAGAGCACCAGCCACCUCCUCUGCAGAGGAGGGAGAGAAGUGCCCACCUGCCAGACCCGAGGGGACAGAGGACACAAAACAAGAAGAUGAGGAGAGGCUGGUUUUGGAGAGCAACCCGUUGGAAUGGACGGUCACCGAUGUGGUGCGGUUUAUCAAGCUGACGGACUGCGCCCCCUUGGCCAAGAUAUUUCAGGAGCAGGACAUCGACGGCCAGGCGCUCCUGCUGCUCACACUCCCCACGGUGCAGGAGUGCCUGGAGCUGAAGCUGGGGCCUGCCAUCAAGCUGUGUCACCAGAUUGAGAGGGUCAAAGUGGCCUUCUACGCCCAGUACGCCAACUGACAGCCCCUUGGCAGUCACCCUCUGUCGCUGUGAUGCAGAGUCUGUGACAGUUUCUAGGACUGAAGCUUUGACUCUCUGGGACAUGUGAAAUGGCACCUGCCCGUCCCGCCAGAGAGCCUGCAGCCCGGAACCUCCCACCCCCAGCCUGGCCGAGACUUCCGGACUAACGUGUCCUCCGAGGGCAGGGCCACAGCCCCGGGAAGGUAAAUCAGAGUCUGCAUGGGACCUGACAGGACGUGGACAGGCCACUUUGUAAAUCCCCACUUUGCCUUUCUCUCACAGAGCAGGGCAGCGCCCUCUGAACAAGGCUUGCAAACCUGGUUCUUUGCAAACGAGAGUGUGAGGGAGAAGGACACUUAACUCCUGGGGCAGCGUCCACUGUCGUCACUCGCAGGUGCAUUUGGAUACGCUCUUUCUGCCUGUCUCCAACCCUGCCAAGCAUCGCAAGCCAUCACUGCAGUUUGAUCUUGGUGGCACAUUCUUUCUCAGAGACAGCUAUAGGUGAUGCUUCAGGGCACCAUCAUCAGAAGAUGAGCUAAAGCUCCACCCUCAGUCAGAGAGGCCACAUCAGGAGUGUUGGGAGCAAAGGAACUAGCGCCUGGUCCCUCCAGGGUGGUGUCCUUGAGUGGUUGAAGCCUCAUGUGGAGACAGGCACUGUCCGCAGGCUUCUUGGAGCCUCAGCUGUCGCCAGUGUCCUGAUUUAAUUGCAGUCGGAUGGGAGUUACUGGUUAGGGAAAUGCUGGGAUGUACACUGAAAGAAAAGCUUAACUUCGGAGAGUAAGACUGGGAAGAGAUUUGGAAGUGUUUCCUGAAGUAGCUGUCCCAUAGCAGGCUCAUCACAGCAGGUCCCUGUGCAACUGGGUGGCCUUAAGUUCCUCAUGGCUUGUGACGUGUACAGGAGGCAGGACAAGGUGUGCGUUCCUGGCUUGAUGUGUCACCAGGAGCACCAGGUCCUAGUCAGCCACUUCCCACCCUGGCUUUGCUCAUAUGACACGGAAGCUGUGAUCCUGGUAACUAACUCUGCACUUCUCCAGGCCUCAGGGCUUAUGAAAUGCCAAGUUCACUAACACAGGAGUGUCUCAGCGAGCAUGCUGUCUCCCCCUUGCCUUUAUUCCCCAUGUGCUGGAAGAAAAGAUACAAAUUGGCCAAAAACAGGGAGAAAAAAAAAAAAAAAACAAGACGUGUGUGACGGCAGCUUUAGCCUAGCGCUCUGCAGCUCACUGUGGCUGUGAGGUUGCUGAUGAAAUUUCUUGGGCAGCUUCAUUGCAUCAGCCAAGUCGUUUGCAAGUGAGUCCGAGGCUCUGUGAGUUGCCUGGCCUUGUGAACCAGCCAUCAUCUGCCCAUUCCCAUGAGCGAUGCCAUACGUCCAUCCAGACCAGGUGGACUAUGAUUUUCUGACAUGGUAGUUGUCUAAAUGCCUUUUGAAACCGAACCUUCACACAGCGCAGAGGUGCACACGGAAAGCACCAGCUUCACACCCUCCUGUUGCUUUUCUUCAGGUAAUGACCUUGAGCUCGUCUCAUUGAGUCACCUCUCCACACUUCUCAUAAGGUCAUGAGGCAGGCGUCUUAGCUGCUUGUGUGUCCCGUGACAUUUUAAGGCACGAUUGUUAGAUUUUGGGAACUUUGCUAAUGCUGACCUUCCUUGACAUUUUGUAACCGUGACAGAUGAAAAAUAGAAAACUGAUGUUUUGUGCUUGAGGCUUUUUUGUCCCCCUGUAGCUGGUUUCAACAGCCCAAGUUGAAGGUCAGUGGCUGGGGUCUGCCUGGGACCCUGAUGGGCAGAGUGUCUCUUGCCUGCACAGUGCCUGCUCUGUCCUGAGGACAGUGCGUCCCUGGGAUUAUAGCAGAGGUAUGUCUCCUAAGGACCUUUCCUCGGUGUCACGCCCCCACCUCCUCAGACACAUGCUGUUGGCCUUCAGUGCUCAGCCCGUGUGGUGAAACCCCUCACAGGGUUGGAAGGACACCCACGCCGAGGUCUCCGGCACAUUCCCUGUGCAGGCUCCUUCACAGUCCUUCAGUGUGGCCUUACCCAGCUGAGCUGUUUCUGUGGCAUCUGAGAGGGAAUGUGAUGGCCACAACGUGUACGUUCGGAGGGAAUGUCAUUUCUCUUGGCCUUGCUGGUAAUGGCGCGGAGGACGGGGUGGUACAUCAGAGUGGGGAGAGUUUCUGGGGGUCCCUGGAGCCCAUCCAGAGGGCUAGAGGGCAUCCCGAACAGGAUGUGGACACCUUAGCUGGGGAAGGGACAGUUUAUCCUUCAGCCCUACAAUUUACCUCCAGUCCCUCAUGUGGCUGCAGUCACUGGGUCUGUUGGGCACCUGGUGAGGAGGCAAAGGCCAGGGCCCAGGCAGAAGAGGGCCCCGGCUGGCUGUCAGCACGGAGGUUACCUAUCUCUCCUCCAGGACUCAGGAGCUAGGAUUCUUUGGGGACUUUCAUCACCGUGUGUGUCCCUCUCCACCUUGGCAGUGAUUCUGCUACAGGACUACGACGUGGUUUUCAUUGCUCUGUAGGAUUUACCUCUCACCAGCUUCUGUCUUAAACAUAGGGCCAAUUUUCAAGGAACAUUUCGCUGUUUUGUGUCCUUGUUGCUUAUGGUCUAAAUGCCAACAAGUGAUGACCACCCCACCCCCAGUCCCGUCCUCGGAUGGCACCAUUUCUUUUGUGUCUCCCUUGGACCAUCCUUUGGGACCAAAGCCAUCUCCUCUUUGCCCCUAGGCCCCGUGCACCUCACCUCCUGCGACUGGCCCGUCAGGCACUCUAUGGUCUAUUGUGUGUACAGCCUGAGACACAGAAACGUAACCUCAACUUGAAUAAUGACAGCCUCUCCCACGACCUGCCCCUAAGACUAGGCGAGCUUCCUCCAACCCCCUGCCCCUUGACUGUGUUUGUCCUGUGUUGUAAAAAUAUCCCACCCACAAAGAUGUAAUCAUAACAGCCUAAAAAGAACAGGGUACCGCUGGCAUUGCAGAACUUCUUUGCUUUUCAAAAACAAAAAAGACAGUUAACUUCAUCACGCAGCUCCAUAGCACGCAGAGCUCAUCUGUCACUCUUGACACUAGAUCCAUUUGAUCCGAGUUUGAAUCUCACACUGUAUUGGAUCUGUACAGCACCAAGGUCCCUCACCUUCUGCGAUCAUAAGUGAAAGAUUAUUUCCUGGACUCACUUUGAUUUGUUCUUCAGUAAAUUAUAACAAUCCAAACCGUUAGCACUAGCACUGCCAUGUCUGACCCUCAUUCUGCUCUCUGGAGGGUUGGGUUUGAUCGGCCUAAGAUUGGUCUCAUCUGCCUAAUUUAUCUCAUUGAAUUGUGAGUGUAGGCAGGUUCUGGGAUUUGCCGUCUAUCUUAUGCCAAAUACUUCCUUCUGAGAGCUCCUUUUCCUUGGCUCUACUGGGGAUUUUCAUACUUAUUUUGCAGAACACCCAUCUGUAUUUAUUUCUGUAUAUAGACCUAAAACACAAAACAGCAGUGUUAAAAAUCUUGGAUGGGGUUUGAGAGUCACUGCUGCUUUGGGGUUAAGAUGGUGAAUCUCGGCUUCAUUUACUUUACUUUCCCUCUUUAGAAAGCUAUGAUCGAGUGUGCAGUUGUUCAAAAAGAAAGAUAGCGAAUUAAGACACAUUCAGUUUUGAAGAGAGAAGUUGCUGGAGAGACGUCCAUAUUACCACGUCUCUUUGGUGCAAGAGUUCAGUGGCAAGGGAAGGGUGUCUCGCAGCUGUCACAAUCUGAUAAUUCUGUUAUUUGUUCACUGUUCUUUUUUGUUGAAAAGUUCCCCGAAAAUAUUUUAGUCCCUUUAACUUGAUUGAAUUUUUAAGUUAAUUGAUCCUCGUCUAGCUUUUGUCACUAGAGUGGUUUACAGACACACAACAUGUGAUGAUGGUAAGAUUAUAUUACUUUCGACCCACAUAAUUUACCUCAAAAUGAUAAUCGCUGACAGACGACGCUGCCUGGGAUUUUGGUUCAAAGCCUGUGUAGUUUAAAUGAGAAGUAAGAAUGCAGACAGCCCCUGAGCCGCAGUCUUUCCAGUCAGAGGUUGUGUUGGGUGGCAAGGACUGGGUCCCACUGAGCGUGUAAGUCACUGUCACCUGCCAAGGCAGAGCCACGUGCCAGGUGGCUGAAGGGAUGCAUUGAGGAAGGAAUGUUCCAGAACAAUCAUUUGCUAAAAAUCACCUGAAGAUGGAAAAUUCGAGGCAAAUUUUUACAGGACAGAAAAAGUAAUCAUCUCACUUGCUCAGAUGGGAGCUCGCAUGUUCUCUAGGAGAGGAAACUAGCCCGGCUGUGAAUGUCCACAGCCCUUUUGCUGUUUUACAUUCCAGUUCCAAUCGUUUGUGUGGAAAUUAGUUUCCUAUCUUGUGUAUGUUUUGGUGCGUAAAAGGGAAGAAUUGGUGUCUUUACUUUUCAGAUUUGCAGGACAAAGGGCAUGCUUCUAGUUUGCUGUAAGAUUGUAUUCUGUAUAUAUGUUUUCAUGUAAAUAAAUGAAAAUCUAUAUCAGAGUUAUAUUUUAAUUUUUAUUCUAAAUGAAAAAAGCCCUUUUUACUUGAAAAAAUUGUAAGCCACAUUGUUAAUAAAGUAAAAAUAAGUUCUA